UGCACCUUUAUUAUCAUAAAAAGAUCUUACUUUCACAUGUUGGGAAUUUCAACUGGGCACACUGGCCACCCACUUGAACCACCCCACAGUAAAAACAGAAAGCCCUCCGGAAAGCCCUAUAUAUGGUCUAAUCACUCCAAACACACUAAGCAUUUCUGGCAGAGCGUCAAACCCCUGAUGGGAAACAUAUGACCAGUGCCAGUGUGUUCUUCAAUAGCCAUUCUGGAACACAGGGAUGCUGCGAUCUGUGUAAGUGGCUCAUUCAAGCCCAGUCUCUCUCUCUCUCCCUCACACACUCUGGAGCGGGAGGCUGCAGACAGCACUGCAGGCUGUUUUCACUCAGGAAUGUAACUGUGUCUUUGGAGGACUGCACACAUCACAUCAGCCUAUUGUGAACCUUCCUGAACCUUCUCUCAUCCUCCUCAUCUCAUCCAUCCCUCAUUGGACUCAACACUCACACAGAGCAGCUGUUCAUCUUCAGCCUUCACCUCGUGUCAUCAUCUCAUCAUCAUCUGAAAUCCGGAGUUAAGUAAGGAUUAAAGGCUAAUUUCAGACUCCCCCGCGCUGCUACUUGGCAACACUGCACCAUGAGACUGUUUCUACUGAUGUUCUUGCUCCUGCUGUGCCAUGGGAAACCCCAUCAGCCAAUCGAUGUCCAGAAUGCCGUCACGGAUACUAAUGACGUCAUGAUGCAAGACGCAUGGAACUGGAGAAUGAAUACUCACGACGACGAUGAUGACGACGACGAUGAUGACGAUGACAAUGACUUAAUAGACUGUCCUAAAGACUGUGAAUGCUCACUAAGAGUUGUUCGGUGUGCAGAUAAAGCCUUAGGUAGAGUACCAAAGAAGAUCCCAAAAGACACAGUGAUGCUCGACCUCCAGAAUAACUACAUUGCUGAGAUCGGGGAGGAUGACUUCAAAGGCUUAAGCAACAUUUACGCACUGUUCUUGCUCAACAACGUCCUCACAAAGAUUCACCCAAAGGCAUUCAGAGACAUGACCAAGCUGAAACUUCUCUACUUGUCCUACAACAUGCUACCUGAGAUACCCGCUAACCUGCCCAAGGGCCUCUUUGAGCUGCGCAUCAGUGACAACAACAUCAACCGCAUCCAGAAAGACGCCUUCAAGGGCCUCAUGUCGCUGCAAGUUUUAGAGAUAACUGCAAACCCUCUUGCGAAUAGUGGUAUUGAGCUCGGAGCCUUUGACAACAUGGCUACUUUGUUCCUGCGAAUUGCAGAGGCAAAGCUGACUGCAGUACCCAAAGAUCUACCAACUUCUGUCCUUGAUCUAAACCUGGAUUACAACAAGAUCGCUAAAGUGGAAGUGGAGGAUUUUUACAGAUACAAAAAGCUGCAGAGGUUGGGUUUAGAGUUCAAUAGCAUUAAGUCUGUGGAAAAUGGAAGCUUCGCCAGUCUUCCAAACAUCAGGGAAAUCCGCUUGGACAAUAAUAGGCUCCGGAGAGUUCCACCAGGUUUGAGUUCACUUAAGUAUCUCCAGGUUCUGUUGCUUCACGCCAAUAAAAUAUCAUUCGUGGGGGCUGAUGACUUCUGUCCCACCGGAGAAAGUGCAAAAAAGAUGGACUACACCGGCAUUAGCCUCUUCGCCAACCCUGUGCGGCACUGGCAGAUUCCGCCGGUGACAUUCCGCUGUGUCUCAAGCAGAGGACUCCACAUGGGGAACCGGAGAAAGUGAGCUACAAUAGAUUAGUGUUCUCGCCCACGAGAGGGAAAAAACACUCUCACAAACAUCUCAAUAUGUAGCAACAUCUUUUCAUCCUGUUCAGUGCCUGUUUACACGUACAUAGAUAUUUUUGAAAACGUAUCAGUUUGAAACUCUUGUUUACACGCAAACAGAGUUUUAGAAAUAUCGUCUUAAAACUCUGGCUUAAAGAAUAUCCAUUCUAUAGAAGUAAAACACAUGUCACAAUUGUGUUUUUAUUUAUUAUCCAUAUGGCGUGUUUACAUGUAAACGGGUUUAAAAAAUCUGCUUUAAAAAAAUAUCUGCCUACGUGUAACCAGGGUCUCAGAGGCCUACAUAAGCUACUACCACUACGGUCAUUGCCUGCUGUACUCCAGGACCAAUGCAGGGGGUUUGGACAAGAUGCCACAGUAGCAGGGUGUUGUUACUUGAAAAUGGAGAGUGAAUUACGAGGCAUAGAACUGAGUAACUGACUGAGUAAUCUGGUACAGCAUAAAUCUGAGACACACUCCAAAGUUGGUGCUAACGAGUUAUGUUAAUAUUUUACUUUUUAACGAACCAUUUUGUUCAGUGAGAUCCGCUGACUAAGAGAAUAGCUGUUUAAAUGUUAUUUGGUAUGUAUGUAUUUAAUCCAUGUAUGACUGUCAUGGAUAAACAGACUUCAGUGAUUAUCUGAUGCUAACAUGCACACACAAAAUAAAUAUCGUACAUAAUCGGAAUUGUUACAGUUUUUACCAUGAAAGCAACAUUAAACUUUCUAACAACAAACUUUCACUCGUUUAUGUUUUGUUAAUGUUGUUGUGUAUAAUCAUGGUCCAAGGAUGUCUUAAUUUAGGUGAAAUCAAUGUGA